AUGUUUCAGCCUCCAGUAAAUCACAUACAUGGGGAAGACUUUGGAGAUAUAAUUGGCACAGAACAACUCUUGAUUGUGGAGGAUGAGAAGCAAAAGAAAGAGAUAAAAACAGAGGAAAUGGAGAAGAAGGUGGAAGUGGUGGAGGAGCAGAAGGAAGAGGAGGAGGAGGAGGAAGAGAAGGAGGAAGAAGUAGAGAAGGAAGAAGAGGAAGAAGAGAAGGAAGAAGAAGAGGAAAAAGAAGAGGAAGAGGAAGAGUUGAAAGAGCAGGACAAGGUGGAAAUGCUGGAGGUGGAAGAAGAGGUGGAGGAGCAGGAGGUGGUGGAUGUGCUGGAGGAAGAGGAAGAGGAGGUGGAAGAGGUGGAGGAUCAGAAAGUGGAAGUGCUGGAGGAGGAGGAGGAGGUGGAACAAGCAGAGGAGCAGGAGGAUGUGGAAGUGCUGGAGAAGGAAGAGGAGGUGGAAGAGGUGGAAGGACAGGAGAAAGUAGAAGUGUUGGAGGAGGAGCGUAGUAACUUGUCUUGCACCUUAUGGAGCAACAUAUAUGGAUCGAAUGACCCAGAAGAUGAGAGUCCGCUCAUCCUUCCACCUCCAAUAGAGAGUGAAGAUCUGGCCCCUGAGCCUUUGGGGGAUCAGAUCACUGAAUUGGUGCACACCUUGAUCUUCAAGCAUGGGGUUAAGGAGCCCAUCACAAAAGAAGAAAUGGUUGAGUUAGUCACCAAGGAGUAUGAAGAGCUUCUCCCUACCAUCUUGGAGAAAGCAACUUCAUGCUUGGAGGUGAUUUUUGGCAUUGAUGUAAAGGAAAUGGACGGCAAUACCUAUGUCCUUGUCAACUCAUUGGGCCUUACCUUUGAAGAUAAGUUGAAUGAUGCCCAGACAAUGCCUAGAAAUGGGCUCCUGAUCAUGCUUCUUGGGGUGAUAUUUUUGGAAGAAAACUGUGCUCCUGAAGAGAAAGUAUGGGCGUUUCUGAAUAUGGUUGGAGUGUAUGCUGGGCAGGAGCACUUCAUCUAUGGGGAGCCUAAAAAGUUCAUCACUAUCGACUUGGUGCAGGAAAACUAUGUGGAGUAUCGCCGGGUGCUCUACAGUGAUCCACCACGCUUUGAGUUCCUGUGGGGGCCAAGAGCCCUGGCUGAAACCACCAAGAUGAAGGUUCUAGAAUUUUUGGCCAAAGUUAAAGGGACUGAUGUAAUUUCCUUCUCUGAGUGGUAUGAAGAGGCAUUAAGAGAUAAUCAUAAUGAUAAUUUUGAAAGUGAUCAUGCAGAUGGUAAUAAUUCCUUUUGUAUCACCGACUAUUUGGAAUCCAUGCCUCUUGGCUCAUAUGAAGAUGCUGAGUUUGAACUUCCUCUGUUUGAUUUUGAAGUGGACAGUGAAGUUUUUCAAUAA